GGUACAUAAUGAAGUAUCAGAGAAAGUGAAUGCAGUACGAUGCAAUAAAAGAUUAUUAAACAAAUAAUAAUAAAAAUAGCGAUAAGUUUAGUGAAGUAAGAGUAAGUAUAGACAGAGAAUCAGUUCGCAUGAUUUGACAAUGCGCGGAUACGUUUACAAUUUGUUAAGGAAGUGGUAAAAGUCGGUUGUCAGGUCGUUGAAUCACUCCAUCGUCUUACAAUUCUCUUUUUAUAAAUGUUGUUUUAUAUUAUUUUUUGUUCAUUAUUUUUUUUGAGGUUGAAAUCGUUCAGUCUUUCAUGUGGCCCAGGAUUUUAACUUGUCGUAACGGUAUUUUUUUAAAUUUCCCGUCUUUCUACCCGCCAAAAGUAUUAAAUUUAUAUUCAAAAUGAAUAACUGGAUUCAAGUUGAUGACCCGAUUAAGAAAAUGGAGCCAACGGAGCCAACAAGUACGAGCUCCAAAAUAACAUCGAUUGAAUUAAAAACCCGACGAGCACAAUUUCAACCUCAGCCGUCAACUUUGGACACUCGAAGACGUCACGCAAUAUGUGUAAGACGGGCAUUCAAAAAGUACGGACCCAAAAGUAAUCCGAAUAUCGUCCUCGAUGGCUUAAACAUGACAGUACCCAAGGGUUGCAUAUACGGACUAUUAGGCUCAAGUGGAUGCGGUAAAACCACAUUGCUGUCAUGUAUUGUGGGAAGACGACGUUUGAAUUCCGGGGAAAUUUGGGUACUGGGAGGUAAGCCAGGAUCUAAAGGAUCUGGUGUUCCAGGUCCACGUGUUGGUUAUAUGCCUCAAGAAACGGCUCUGUAUGGAGAAUUCUCUAUACGCGAAACGUUUAUUUACUUUGGAUGGUGUGCUGGUAUGACUACAGUCCAAGUUGACGAAAAAUUAGAAUUUCUAAUCAACCUUCUAGAUCUGCCAAAUGAGAAUAGAUUUGUUAAGAAUUUAUCUGGAGGUCAGCAGCGACGGGUUUCAAUAGCGGCGACACUAUUAGCCGACCCAGAGCUUUUGAUUUUGGACGAGCCGACAGUGGGAAUAGAUCCAGUUCUACGGCAAAACAUUUGGGAUCACUUGGUCAAAAUUACCAAAGACGGUAUGAGGACUAUCAUCAUCACGACCCAUUAUAUUGAGGAAACCCGGCAAGCGAGCAUCAUCGGCUUGAUGCGUGGUGGUAAAUUUCUUGCUGAAGAAUCACCAACGAGACUUAUGGAGAUGCAUCACAUGGACACACUCGAGGGUGUUUUUCUUAAGUUAAGUAGGCGACAGAAUAUGGGAUUAAGACGUCGUAGCAGUAUCCUCAGCAGCGUAACAGGUGUGCCUCCGGAUGUUGAUGUCGAUGACGAAAUGAGCGGUGAAUUUGGUGAUAAUGUUAGUAUAUCAAGUCGUCGACGCAGUAUUGCUGUUGCUGUUACUUCAGACGACGAUCACAUUCCCGAGUUACCGCCCGAAGAGAAAGGCCGAAGUAAUUUCAAAAUGCUUAAUCCACAACAUAUGAAAGCACUCAUUUGGAAAAAUUUCUUGUGGAUGUGGCGAAAUGUCGGCAUGAUGCUUUUCAUCAUUGGGUUACCGGUCCUACAGAUAAUAAUAUUCUGUUUAUCAAUUGGUAAAGAUCCGGUUGGUCUGUCGGUUGCUGUUGUAAACUUUGAGUUGAACAAGAGUACGGAUCUUUGCUUAUCAACUAUCGGAUGUGAUCGCAGAAUGCUGAGUUGUCGUUAUCUAAAACAUUUGAAGAGACGUAAAGUUGAAUUUAUAAAUUAUGAUGACGUUGAUGAUGCUAGGUAUGCUGUAAAAAAAGGAUGGGCAUGGGCGGCUGUUAAUUUCCCGCACAAUUAUACCGACUCGUUGAUUGAGAGACUGGAAAAUUCAAAUUCCGUUGAUGAGUUCACUGCCGAGACUGCUAAUAUGUUUGUCGUUAUGGACAUGUCCAAUCAGCAAAUUGGCCAGUUACUGCAACGUGAUUUUUUGUAUUCGUUUCAAGACUUUGCUAAAGACGUAAUGGUCGCUUGUAAUUUUAGUGAAAAACUUGCUAGCAUUCCUAUGGACUUCAAAACACCAGUUUACGGGCCACAAGAACCAAAUUUUACAGACUUUGCAGCUCCUGGAAUAAUAUUAACGAUAAUAUUUUUCCUAUCAGUCGCAUUGACAUCAGGCGCCAUGUUACUGGAACGUAACGAAGGUCUUCUGGAAAGAAGUCUGGUAUCAGGAUUAACUGGAACGGAAAUACUAUUCGGUCAAGUGGUUACACAAUUUGUCGUAAUGACAGGACAAACGUUGAUGGUUUUAAUAGUGACAUUUGCUGUUUUCAAGCUUACAUGCGAGGGUGAAAUCGGUUGGGUAACACUUUUGACGAUUCUAACUGGUCUCUGCGGCAUGUGCUUCGGAUUCGUGAUCGCUUGCUUUUGCGAGACAGAAAGAAGCGCAACGUACAUGGCAAUGGGUUCAUUUCUCCCUAUCGUCAUGCUCUGCGGGAUAAUAUGGCCAGUUGAAGGCAUGCAUCCUGUUCUACGUGCAAUAAGUUACGUAUUACCUCUGACAAAAAGCACCGAAUCAAUUCGUGCAAUGCUGGCGCGAGGAUGGACUAUUUCAAACCCAACUGUCUACGAAGGAUUCAUCGCGACUUUCGUCUGGAUCAUAAUCUUUCAAACUCUCGCGAUAUUACUAAUUAAAUUCAAAAAAGGCUAAAACUUAAAAUCUUAUCAACUAUUUCUUCUCUCAUACCUCGGUUUCAGCUGUAUAUUAGCUAAUUAUCAACAUUAAUUAUUAUUAUUAUUAUUAUUUUUACUAUAAAUAAUUAUUGUAACUUUAAGAUAAAUUUUAAUCCUAUCAAUUGCUCAAUGCAUUUUACAUUAUUUAUUGUAAAUUUAUAUCAGAUAUACUUACAUAUAU